UAUCUAGGAGCAUAUCUCAUUGUCUUUGUGGAGUGCCUCCAAGUCCUACAUGCCCGCCGACGCGCGGGCCGCAACAUGUGCUUCCUCGCUGCAACGGCGACAGUCAUUUUUGUCCUCAUCACUGCCCACAUGCUGAUAGACUUCGUCCGCGCAAUCGAUGCUUUUACAUAUUCCAUGUCCGUGCCUAACAGCGCAACGCAAUUCUACGAGGCGAUCAACACACCACUGAGCCUUGCGAAGACCGCGACCUACGUCACCGUCACGCUCGUGCUCGAUGCGCUCAUUGUAUACCGCACUUACGUCGUCUGG